GCUCUCGGCUUGUUGUGGCGUCCUCUUCCUCCGUACCGCCCGUCCCUCCGCGCUGCCUGCCGCUGGAGUUAGCUAGGAACUAGAGGAGGGCUUAUCAGUCGUGACAGCCGGCUCGGUCGUUCUCCUAAACUUUCCCCGGUUGUCCCGAUUCUCGGUUUGUGGCCUGAAAGACGGCGGAGAGCGUUUCAUCUGUGUUUUCGAUGCAUGGGAGUGCCCUGGGAGCGGCGAAGGGAGAAGACAGUGCCGGUGGUCCUGACUGUUUAGCAGGAUGAGUGAGGCAGAGGGCCAGUUCUACAGCGUUCAGGUGGGAGACUCCACCUUCACCGUACUCAAACGCUACCAGCAGCUCCGUGCUAUCGGCUCCGGGGCUCAAGGCAUCGUCUGCUCUGCUCUAGAUACAGUCCUUGGAAUACCAGUGGCGGUGAAAAAACUCUGUCGGCCAUUUCAGAACCAGACCCAUGCAAAGCGUGCUUACAGGGAGCUGGUGCUUCUCAAGUGUGUCAACCAUAAAAAUAUCAUCCGUCUGAUCAAUGUUUUCACGCCUCAGAAGUCCCUGGAGGAAUUCCAGGAUUUGUAUCUGGUGAUGGAGCUGAUGGAUGCCAGCCUUUGCCAGGUGAUCCACAUGGACCUGGACCAUGAGAGGAUGUCCUACUUGCUCUACCAGAUCCUUUGUGGCAUCAGGCACCUGCACUCUGCUGGCAUCAUCCACAGGGAUCUGAAGCCUAGUAACAUUGUGGUGAAGUCAGAUUGCACAUUGAAGAUCUUGGACUUCGGCCUGGCUCGGACGGCCUGCACUAACUUCAUGAUGACCCCUUAUGUGGUGACCAGGUACUACCGCGCCCCAGAGGUCAUUCUUGGCAUGAAGUAUAAAGAGAAUGUGGACCUGUGGUCGGUUGGCUGCAUAAUGGCUGAAAUGAUCUCUCACAAAGUCCUCUUUCCUGGAAAGGACUACAUCGACCAGUGGAAUAAGGUGAUAGAGGUUCUCGGCACACCGAGUCUGGAGUUCAUGAACCGACUGAUGGAGACUGUGAGGAACUAUGUGAUGAAUAAACCACAGUAUCCUGGUGUCAGCUUUGCUGAUCUUUUCCCAGACUGGGCAUUUCCUUCUGACUCAGAACACGAUAAGCUGAAGACGGGUCAAGCACGGGACUUGCUUUCCAAAAUGCUGGUCAUUGAUCCUGAAUGUCGCAUCUCCGUCGAAGAAGCCCUGAACCACCCCUACAUUCACGUGUGGUACGACCCUGCAGAGGCAGACGCGCCUCCUCCCCAGAUUUCAGAUAAGCAGCUGGAAGAGCGAGAGCACACCAUCGAGCAGUGGAAAGAACUUAUUUAUGAAGAGGUGAUUGACUGGGAGGAAAGGAACAAGAAUGGUUUAAUGAAAGAAGACUGCUCAGAUGUGGUCUCCGGCUCAGCCUCCCAGUCCUCCUCAGCCAAUGACAUCUCGUCCAUGUCCACAGAGCAUACGUUGGCCUCAGACACAGACAGCAGCAGCAUUGACACACUGACAGGACCACUGGAUGAGAGUCAGUGAGCACAACCUACCACAACUUGUGUCUGUCUGUGGCCUCUCCCAUUUACAAUAUCUGAAUUUCAAUAAACCCUCAU